AUGACCUGUUUUGUCACAGUUGGCACAACAAAGUUUGAUCAACUGGUAAAUGAGGUAUUGAGCGAAACGUGUACAUCUACGCUGAAGACUUUGGGUGUGAAAAGAAUCACAGUGCAGUACGGAGCUGGUGAAUGGAACGACGAAGUCAGGCAACGCGUUUUCGGAGGUGUGGUCGCGGAUCAAGGAGAAGGAGAGAGCUGUGGUAUACCAGUCGAGUACUAUCGCUUCAAACCGAGCAUCCAUGACGACAUGAAAGAAGCCAUGGUAGUUAUCGGACAUGCAGGAGCUGGCACUUGUUUGGAGUGUCUUCGACUACAACGCCCAUUCAUAGUUGUGGUGAAUGAGGACCUCAUGGACAACCAUCAACUGGAAUUGGCUAAAGAGCUCGCACGUGGCGAGCAUUUACUCUAUUGUACAGUAAACUCUUUGUGUAGUACACUUUUGUCCCCUUCACUGUUCAACUUGAUGCCCUUUAGUCCACCUGAACAGAGUUUAGUGGCCAAGUUUAUUGACUCAAGAAUGGGGAUUGCUUCUUCGUGA